UUUCGUAUACAACUUAGUCGUUAUUUUGAACUUCAUAUGCGCGGUUGCAAUACGAGUAGGCUAAAUACGAGCUAAUGAGCGCGGAUGAUUAAGUAGAAUUGUGUUUCAAGUUGUACAGAGCGAUAACAGGAUACUUAACAGUGUCCUUUAAAGCAUUCCGAAACGAUUAAGGAUAAUUGAGGACAUCGGAUACGCGCACGUGUUGAACAUUAUAAUACUGGAAAUCACUUAACAACAAACACACCACCAUUUAAAUUUCAACAUGCCCAAGUCACAGCCGCAUACGCGUAAGAACCUAAUGACCGCCAAGGACACGUUUUCCAUAAUCGACGGUUUAUGUGCGCCGAAUAUGUGCGGUGGACACAGUGAAGCGUCCUCGUCACAGAUCGAACUCGGUAGCGAUUCGUUGGAAGCGCCGGCGGUGGAAGCUGCUGCUGGCGUUGAACGUGAAAAAUGGAGUCGUGAAAUCGAGUUUCUUUUCUCGUGCAUUGCGCUCUCUGUCGGGCUGGGCAAUGUGUGGCGAUUUCCGUUCAUUGCAUUGGAGAAUGGCGGUGGGGCCUUCGUUAUACCCUAUGUGAUUGUAUUGCUGCUUAUCGGCCGACCCGUCUAUUAUAUGGAGGUGCUGAUCGGACAAUUUGCCAGUCGUGGUGCGGUGGGCGUGUUCGAUAUGGUGCCCAUUAUGAAAGGCAUUGCGUAUGGGCAGGUUUAUGCAACAGCUUUGGCAACCACUUAUUACGCGGCCAUUAUGGCGCUCACCAUCAAAUAUUUAGUUGCUUCAUUUGCUGAAAUACUACCCUGGGCAACAUGUCUACCGGAAUGGGGUGACGGUUGUAUAUCAAUUACAAGCUACAAUUCCAGUGCCACCGGCAAUGUAACAGAAGGAAAGCUGAUCUCUUCAGCUGAAUUGUAUUUCACCAAAGUGGUGCUGCGCGAGAAGGACAAUAUCGAGGAUGGGAUUGGCGCGCCGAGUUGGGAUUUGGUGUUCUAUUUAUUUAUUGUGUGGGUAAUGAUUUCGAUAACGCUGAUUAAGGGCAUACACAGCUCCGGCAAAGCCUCGUAUUUUCUGGCUUUGUUUCCUUAUGUCAUACUAUUUAUAUUGCUUGGACGCGCUUUAACCUUGCCCGGUGCCUGGAAUGGUAUUGUUUAUUUCUUAAAACCGCAAUGGGAUCAGCUGUUGAAUGCGCAUGUUUGGUAUGCCGCGAUCACACAAAUGUUCUUUUCGCUAGCGAUCUGCUUUGGCACAUUGAUCAUGUAUGCCUCGUUCAACAACUUCCAUAAGCGGGUACACAAAGACGUCAUAAUCGUAACCACAAUAGAUUCCUGCACCUCAAUGCUCGCUGGUUGUGUAAUCUUCGGUAUACUUGGUAAUCUGGCGCUUGAAACGAAUACCACAGACAUAUCGAAAGUGGUAAAGGGUGGUGCGGGCUUAGCCUUCAUCUCGUAUCCGGAAGCUAUAGCGAAAUUUAAAUUGUUACCACAAUUAUUUGCGGUGCUCUUCUUCUUUAUGCUGUUCGUAUUAGGCAUUGGCAGCAAUAUCGGCAUGUCUUCCUGCGUGAUAACAGUAUUCAAGGAUCGUUUCAAUCACAUACCGCAAUGGGUGAUAACAAUCGGCUUUUCCAUAUGCAGCUUUCUAUGCGGUCUCAUCUAUACGACACCUGGUGGACAAUUUCUGCUCAACUUAAUCGAUUUCUUUGGUUGCUCAUUUAUAGCACUAUUUCUGGCCAUUGGUGAGAUAGUGACUAUUUCAUGGAUUUAUGGCGUCAAGCGCUUCUGUAAGGACAUUGAAUUCAUGUGUGGUCUCAAGACUGGUAUAUAUUGGCGUCUCUGUUGGGCCAUUUUCACGCCAGGACUCAUGUUUCUAGUACUCGUCUACACUUUAGUUACUUAUAAACCGAUGGAAUAUAAGGACGUCGCUUACCCUGAAUAUAUAAUGAAUAUCGCAUGGCUCUUAUGGUUCAUUGGUGUCGGCCAAUUGCCUUUCUGGGCAUUAUAUACGGUCUACAAGCAGCCGGGUGGUACGUUCAUGGAGAAAUUCUAUCAAGCCAUAAAACCUGUAUCCAAUUGGGGUCCAGCGUCAGCUGACAAAUACGAAAAGUAUAUACUUUUCAUGAAGAAUUCACAGCUGAGAACGGACAAUGGUUGGACGUCGCGUAUAUAUGACAAUAUUUUCGGUUAAUUUUAGGUGAAAUUCAGCAUUAAGUACUUAACUACUUACAUUUAUAAAUACUUACGCAACUUUUUAAGUGCGAAAAAAACAACAAAAAUAUUUUUUAGCUUUAAAUUUAUUUUCCUAGUUGGUUUUAGUUUAGAUUUUUUGUUUUGUUAAUUUCGCUGCUUUAAGGUUUUUUUAUAUUUAUAAUAAAGAAAGUACUUAGUUACACUACAAUUUUGUAAAUAUUAAGUAUUUGAUGUUUUUUUUCUGGUAGUUCAUAUUACCGUCAAUAUCUUAGUUUGUUAGUUACUGUAUAUAGUCGCAUGAGAAUAAGUCGAGAGAGAAUAGGAAGAAGAAAUUGUGCUUUUUAGAAAUUUCAUGUGUCUCACUUACUUAACUAGUGUAGGCAGGCGGUGCAGUAGUGGCAAGUGGUAAAUUUAUUAAUAUUUUAAAAUAUUUUUAUUUUUUUGUUUUUAUUAUCUAAUCUUUGAUAUGGUGUUGUUUUUACUUCUAGCGAAAGGAGUGAGGCACGAAUUUUCGAAAUUUUAUAUUUCAAAUACCGUUAUUUAUUAAUAUGUUCAAAUUUUUGUAAAUAUGUACGUACUUUUUUAUAAUAUUAUUAUAAUUUUAUAAUUUCCU